UUGUCCUGACCAUGCAAGCCUGAUAGCUGGUGAUUUUUUCUUUGAAGCUGCGUGUUUAGUCUUCUGACACUUGUCCUUUUGAAUGUCCAUUGUGGGACACAAGCGAUUCUAUUCAGGUCUUGACUUAUUGAUCGUCACGUGACACGGAUGUUUACAACAAGGCACGUGGAGCGUCUCUGCAGUGUUUGGUUUACUUGUUGAGUUUGCCCCUGUCGGCCGCGCUGGCUCGCUGGCCCUAUAGUCAGUAUUAAAGCUUGGCAGAGGAUCAGUACCCCGGAUUACCGCCAUGGAUGACGAAGUGAACGAUAUGCAUACGACCCAGGCUCCAAUAGUCGUGGAUGAGACGGAGACAGUCAGUUUUGAGCAUAAGGUGGAACCAGCUACCAAACCCGAUACUACCGAAGACGACACACAGGCAGACGCAGUAGCUGAAGUGCGAGGAGACACGUGCUGUGACAAAUUCCUGAGAUGUUUAUCGCACGUGCCGUGCGCGUCUCUCAUUGCCUGGAUUAUCCUGUUCAUGGGGCUCGGCGGAGUGACCGGAAGUCUUCUUAUUGGCACUUACAAGACAAGAGCUCUGUUGGAGUACCCUGACGUGCCACGUUUCCAUAAAUAUGACGUCGUCUCAACCAACGGCAAUGGCACCAUGGAAUUAGAGGAGCGCACGGAGGUCGGGGGCCAGAUGUUGUGGUUCGUGGAGCUGAUGCUGAUCGGCGUGGUGGUGUCCAUGUUCGUGCUGGGGACGCUGUUCCUGCUGUGUGGCCAUCUCUCCACCGACCCCACCAGUCGGAGAGUCUUCAACUCCUCCGCCAAGAACAGAUGCGCCAGGGGACUCAACAUCUUUCUUCUGAUGUUCGUGUACUUCCUGACCCUGGUGUGGGUGCUGGCCCUGGCGCUGCUGACGGUGCCGCUGGUGUUGCUGGGCAUGCUGUUCAUCCUCACUGGACACACUGGCCUCACCUGCAUAGAUCUCAAGAACUACGGAUUCUCGGAGAGAAAUAUGUGUGGCGAAGAGCUCAACGUCUUCACUACCAAGGCCAAGGAUGUGCUCGUCUGUUAUUCCGCUUGCUACUUCUCUGCCCUGCUGGUGGUCGUAAGCUUGAUCCAUUUCCUGAUCUCGAUCAGCGCUAACAUCACUCACCUGAAGGACAACCGGUUCGUCACGCUCAACGCCUACGAGACUGAGGAGCAUUCCAAACACUCCGUCCUUGACACCAACAUGUAGUCACGCCCAACAGUGGUUGGAUAGAGUGCAAUAUUUUUCAAAAGAAACUUUACACCGUGCCUGAGACCUGAGUGCACCAUCAACAGCUGCAGGCUCUAGGGGGGACAUAGCAAUAACAAGCCAGAUGGGAGCAGCUUGGGGACCUACAGCAACACCACAGGAACAUAUUGGAGGAGGUCCUUGUGGAACAUAUUGGAGGUCCUUGAGAACAUAUUGGAGGUCCUUUUGAAACAUAUUGGAGGUCCCUGAGAACAUAUUGGAGGUCCUUGUGGAUGACAUUGGAGGUCCUUUUGGAACAUAUUGGAGGUCCUUGAGAACAUAUUGGAGGUCCAUGCUGGAACAUGCUGGAAAAGCUAGACGUGCUAGUGGAGUGCCUAGAAGUGCUUGUGGAAUAUUUGGGUGCAUCUAAUAGUGCUUGUGGACCAUCUGGCAGCAUCUAGAAUUGCUUGUGGAGGAUCUGGUAACAUCUAGUGCUUGUUAAACAUCUCGAGAUCUUUGUGUAACAUAGUGUUAAGGACUUUGGCAUUGAUGGAUCUCAUGGCAUAUCUGGUCCUUGUCAUACAUCAACAGGACUUUGAUCCAACAUAAAAUCUAUAGUGCUUCAUACAUAUGCUUGUGGGUGGAGGUAAAGGUAAAAAGAAGGAUAUUGUUUCAAGAAGAGACCUACUUCAGGAUCAUAGAAGGUCCAUUUGUGCUGUCUGGACCAUGGACAUUUAGUGAAGCCCGUAAACCUUUGUUUGUCUUUUUAAGAAAUAUCUUGAGGUCUACUUAAGAAUAUUUGGCAGUUGUGUGGAACUAACCCUUUUGGGUUCUGUUCAAAAUCAUUUACAGAAAACAUUGCCUAUGUGGAUGUCCCCCAGUACAUGGAGGAUGGAGAUCACUUAUGAUCAGUUCAUGGACAUUAAAGGAAGGGUACCAGGAUUUUAUAACAUUACCUUUACGUUACUGAAAAGGCUAAGAAUGAUACUUUUAUGCACAGACCGAAACAGGUUUUACAAGAGAAAUGCCAAAUGAAACCAAAUCUAUUUUGAAUGACUAUCCAAGACGAUUGGCCACUGUGGUCAUCCAGGAAAUUCUGCCUGCAGCACUGUAUGUGAAUUAUAUGUGCCAAGACAAUGUACAGGUCCUACAGGACCUUACCACCUCUUCAUACGACCAUCAACACACCUCCACCGGACUGCACUGGAAUCAGACAUCUUGACAUUCAUCUGCUCCCAAGUUGUCCCCCUUUUCGUGGGAUCAAAGAGCUCGUCUCUAUCAACCCACUCAUGUUCAUCCCGACACAGGUCAAGGUCAAGGUCACGGUGACAGAAGUCAACCUGCACAAAAAAUCAGUUCCGCUGAUGACUCUUAUAUGUGACCAUUUUAACUCCACAUUUCCAUACAAGUGUUUUCUAUGUCUGUAGGCUGACUUACAUGAUGUUAGUGCUUGGCGUGAUCGGCCAUUUUGUUCUAGUUUCUUGAAUGGUCCUGUUGAUACUUUUGCUCAACUUGCCAGCAGACUUUUCUCCAGAAAUACUCAAAUCUGAUGUGGGACGCAUCUCCAAACGAGGACUCUAUUACCCAAGAAUCAUUGUGCAUGGUUUACACUGAAACACGACGUGAGAAUCGGAGAUUGUUGGUAUCAGGGCAGCAUAUGGAUGCCUUGUUUUUUUAACAGAUUGUUGACAGUAGAGGAAAUGCUAUCACUAGUCAUGCUGUUUCUGUUUAAUCUGCUGUCUCCGUGUUCAUGUAGCUGAGUCUAUUGUUCACAUUAUCCAAGUCUACAUGUUAUUGUAUGCCAAACCUAUACAGCAUGUGCCUAUAUACCCAGCUUAAUUUGCCCAUAAAAGAAAUCCGGAAAGCUAACUUGAAUCAAUGAAACCUGAUGUAAAUAGGUGCUAUUUAUACUGACCAAAAUCUGAAAGCAUAGAAAUAGAAGUGAAAGAUAUCAUUGUUACAAAUCCAAACAAAAUUGUUCAAACUCUUGCAGGAGCAAUACUAUAAGAUAAACCCCAAUAGACGAUGGGCCUAUGCAAAAAAAAAAAAGUAAUGUAAAAAGUUAAGUGUUGUUAAUUUUAUAAAAUGUUCCUGUCUCACGUGUUAGUUAUGAAUUUUUUAUAAUGAAUAUUUAAAAAUCAAAUAAUAAAAAGUGUUAGAUUUGCAUGAAGUUGAAAUUUCAAAAGUUUGGAGUAAUUCUGUUUGUUAGAUCUCAAAUAUUUUCUGACUCUUUUCGGCCUCAAUUUAUCAUAUUUGAAAUAACCUCAUCCCAAAAAUUAAGCCAGGAAUAUGAAACUUUAAAACAUCUUUCAAGAAAUCUAACACUGGACGGUACCGAGCCCAGCCAUGAGAAUAUGAAAGUCAGUGUCACAUUAUACUAAAACUGUGAACAGCACUUCACAAUGAAAUGGAAUGUGAUUUUCAAUUAUGGAAGAUAUUGUGCCUAUUGUUAGAUCUAUAUUGCUAAAAGAAGCAUGGUUAUGUGGAUUGGGUUUAGUUAUUGGUGAGAGGGCCGUUUAGAUUGAUUGUUAAAAUGGGCCCCAGCAUUUCAUUUUCGAAACUGAUUGAAUUACCAUAUUCGACGUAAUAAGCACUCAGGGCACUCUCAAAAUUAGGGGGCUCUCAUUAGAAUAUUAUUUUGAUGAGAAAAACAGAGUUGAAAGAUAAAUUUCGUGGUUUAUGUUGACAGCCUGAAGUGUUCAUGUACGACAGAUAUAUUUUUCCAGAAUUUAAUUGCCCAUAAUUAAGGGUGCAUAUAACACACAAGUGUGUAUUAUAUGCGAAUAAAUAAGUCUUGUGUACAUUGAUCAAUUGAAGGGGUGCUAAUUGGGAUUGUUCACUAGCCAAUAUAUUAGCAAAUGUUGCCAUGGGUGCUUAUUGGAGCGAGGUGCUUAUUACGUCGAAUACGGUAUAUUUUGAUAUUUAAACCAAUUUUGAUAUUAAAUUUAGGUUGAAGUGACUAUCCACUGCUGAUUGGCUAUCCUCUCCCCCAUAUUGGUUCCUUAUGCAAAGUUGUUGCUUCUUGCGCAGAUGGUUUCCGUGUGGCCAGAUAUAGAAAACUAAUAUAUGGUCGUAUAGAUAAGUAUUUAAACCGUAACUUUUUAUUACAAAAUUCUAUUUUUCUUUUGCAUGUGUAAGUAAUAAAUAUUACUGUAAAAUUUCUACUAACAUUUUAUUAUUUACAUUUAUAUGGGCCUAGAAAAAGGAUCUUUUAUACAUGAAACAUAUUGGUUAGAAUGAAUGUAAAGUAGAUGAAAUGGAUUUUAUAUUUAUUAAUAUUUUAACAUUUUAGAUUGAACAAUCUUAUGUGAAUACUUUUGUCGUGGAAUAUUUAUGAAACAUCUGAUUUAAUAGCGCCAUUUAUUUAUUGAAAAAUUAUUGUACAUAUAAUGAUCAAUUAUGAAUCUCAAGAACCAUGUUAUCUGUAGGACCUAUUUUGUAUAAUAGCUAGUAGCCUGGCAUGUGUAUGCCGAGAUUAGAUUCUGAAAAAGCAUGUACAAAUUCAGAGUAUUUACCGAUAGAUUUUUGUAAUUUAUAGAGAAUAGAAUGAAUUUGUUGUUCAUUAUUCAUGUGUAAAUAGGAUACGCAGUAUUAAACUUGAAUAUUUAGACGAAUUUGUAAAAAGUAGGUUCUGAUGAUAAUUAAAAACUUUAGUCAUAAUAAAAUAUAUUUCUACUUAAACUAGAUUUUAUACAGAUGUUUUCACAUCUACUCGUUCAUAGCAUUUUCACAGUCAAAUGAUAGCCAUUUACAGUGUCAGGAAAGAUAGAAGUGUAUGUGUAUGUGUUCUGCGAUAACUACAUCAAAUGUUUACAUGGUAACUUUUUUGAAGGCUUAACAAAAAUUCAUCCCACCAUCUCUCCAUCAACACAUCAUUGACGACACACGAAAAUAUGAGAAAAGAAUUUCAACGAAUAGUCAUGACAUGUUAGAGAAGUAGGUCGACCGAAAUAUACAACUAGGAAUCAUGUUUAUUUCUUAGUAGAAAUUUUACAGCAUUUAUUUUUAUAUUUUCCAUCCUGUCAUGGCACCCUGAUAUUGUUGGUGUUUUGUAAUUUGUAUGAUAUUUGUACUGUUGAGUAUUAUGACACCAUUUAUCAUUGUUACCAUCUCUAACUGUUGUUCACUGAUAAGGAGGGCUGCUUUGGUGGGCUACCUGGGAUGGAGACCUUGCUCUCAUGGCUAGCCUGAAUAUUCAGGUCUCCUCAUUUUGGAGGAGGAGCCAAUGAUUGAUGAGCUUUUAGAAUGAAUUCAGUUGAACGUGGAGUUUUAAUAAUUACCAGUGCUUUUGGUUUUACUUUAUAAUAUAGAUAUGAUCACUUAAUGAUAUUUGUAAUCCAUCUACUUCAUGUUAAGAUUCUUGUUAAAUAUUUUUAAAAAAAAGGUGUUUAUUGGUAUCCAAAAUGUGUUUUGGUGUGUUCAAGAAUUAUCAUGUUCAUCGAAAUAUGUUUUUAACAAAUGAUGUAAAACAAAAGAAAGAUGACCUUACAUUGUUAAAAUUGGUGUUAAUAAGAAAGGAUCAACCAUUCUUUUAAGAUGAAAAUAUUUGAUAUUUGGAUACAGAAUAUUUGAAGACAUUGCCCCAUUGUGUCAGUGAUGUUGGCCAAUGGUUGACAAGCUGAGGAUGAGGCAUGGUCAUUCCGCUAGGUAUGUAGUAAGAUAUGUUUGUGUAGUGUCCAUGAUGUGAUGGUCAGUCUCGGACAUGGUCACUUGACAUCCUUUUGUCGAACUAAAGACUUCAAUGUCAUCAGGGAAGAAGUGGUGCAGUGCAUUUUCAAAAUGGGUUUUGUGAAAUAUUUAGACUUAUUCAGUACAGGUAACAGUCAGUAACUGUGUAUGUUUGACAUCGCUGUAAAUGUCAAAUUAAUUGUCCCUUUUCAUGUUCAUAUCCAUGGUGUUCAAAAUGCUGAUUUCGUGUUUGUGAAUAACUGGCAAUUGAAUAAUAAGUGUUGUUCUUCAACAAAAAAAAAUCCAAAUUUCAAAUAAUGAACCAAUAAAAACAGAAUUUGUAUGAAAAGAAGUCCUUAGGAUCCUGGUCUGUCUGAUUCUUGUUAUGAUCAUAGCUGAAAGAUGAAAAAUGCCCCAAACUCAAUCUAAUAACUAACAUAUUUCGUUUUAGUUAAAUUAAUCCACAAUUUAUAUCUUACCUAUAUCCUUAUUCAGAUUAAUUCUCCAUACUCACUUUUAGUAUGAACUGACAGCCAUGACGAAAUGUGAACAUGGUUAAACUUGGAAAUCUCAUACCUGCUUUACAGCCAAUCAACACCAUCCAUAUUUUGAUAAUGCACCGUCACAUUUCUCAAUGGUCUGGUUUAGGUGGUAGAGAGAUAUUGUUUGACUGCUUGCAUCGUUAGUGGUAGCAGUGCUGUUUAGAGCUCGACAUUCUAUUUUCCCUAAUCCUGUUACAGUCAGUUAUACCCUGUUAUAGCACAGCCGUCAGUAUUUCUUGUUGAGGUUGGUUAUGUACAAACUUGUUAACUGAUGUUUCCAAUGUGUAGAUGUAGUAUUUAGUCUGCAACUGUAGAUCUAUGCUCAAUCAUAUAUAUACAUACAAAGCUCAAGAAAAAAAAAAUCAUUAAAAAAUUCACUUACAAAAAGAUCAACUCAAUGUUGUGAGAAAGGAAAAAAAGGUGAUUUUUUUCCUGCUCAUGGUUGUGGAAUGAGACAUCACUAAAUCAGACAUUUUUAAUAUCCACUAAAAUAAUCAAAAGAGGGUUAUUCCAUAGUGUCGGUGUUCACUGUUAAUUUAACACAUUGAUGGUUUUAAAUACACGUUAUAUGAUUUAGGCACCAGUACAUUGACUGUCAUAUACAGAGUGGCAUAGGAACAAGUAGUAUCAGUUUUAAAAAUACUAAACAAUUAACCUGGAUAUUUCUAUUUUUGUUAAAAAAAAAUAAUUCAAUUUUUAAAAAAAUAAACCUGUGUGAAAUUGUAAUCGAAAAUUACCACUGAAAAGCCCAAAAAUAUGUAUUUACCCAGGAAGCAAAAAUGGCAUGUUACUGAAAAAAUAUUUAGUUUUCUAGGCAGUUGAAAAAAUGUCUUUGGUCUCCUAUGCCCGUGUAUACACUGUGUUAAAUGCACAUCCAUCAUUUCUUGUGCUAUGUUUCAUAAGGGUCAUAUGUUUUCAUUGUUCAUGUUUUUUUUAUCUAGAAUUGUCUCAAGGUUUCAUGUGUUUAAAUAAAAUCUUAUGAAUAAA